AUGGCGUUCGAGGCGUCGACGUCGAGCGAAGCGCUCGAUAUCCGCCUCGAAGUCACCUGGGAGGGCGUGCGCGACCGACGCAGCAACACGGGCUCGUGGUUGGACACGUUCGCCGUCUACUCGGUGAGCGACGGCCCUGACCGAGCCGCGUUCCGCGAGUUGGACCGCACCAAACCAGGCAAGGACUGUGCGGCCGUCUUCGCCACCUCGUACCGGUUCGGCGAGACGCACCUGCUCCUCUUCGAACUAUUCAGCGUGAACCGCAUCACCAAAGCGAGUGAGCCGCUCGGCCGCGCUGUGUGCGGCGCGGUCGACAUGCUCGUCUAUCUGGACACUCCCUACAUUCGAACUCUGGUGGACCGCAAGGGAGCCAAGGUACCCGGAAGCAUCACGGUGAUGCCACGUGCCGUCAGCCAGCCGGGAGGCUUCGUCGCUCUCGAAUUUUCUGCCCGCUCGCUUCCGGUCAAGAAGCUGUUCCGUUCGAGCGAUCCCAUGCUCGAGCUCUGCGCGCAGGACGGCAACGCGGUCCUCGUCACCGAGGUCGUCUCGCGAAAUCGGACGCCACGCUGGAAACCUCAGGUGAUCAACUCGGACCGCUUUCCGGGCGGCGUACUCAAAGCCCGAUGUUAUGAUGUCAACCUGACGGGAGAGCGAACCUUCGUCGGGGAGGCGACCGUCCUACUGGACGAAGUGGAAGUCGGCACCAUGCUUCCGCUCGAGGCGCCUGAAGUGGCGGCCGCGGGCCUCGAGCCCAAUUCGGUCGAUGACGAGCGACCAUCGCUGCUCGUCGAGCGGUGUCGCCAGUUUCCCUGGACGCUCAUAGACUACCUGCAUGGCGACUUCUCGCUUCACUUCGCCUUCAUCAUCGACCUGAGCUCCUCCAACGGUGACCUGAGGCCCGGAAGCGACAUGCGACGCGAGUAUGAGUCGGUCAUCUUCGCGUUCGAUGAGGUGGUGCAGCAGUUCGAUGAGGACCAGCUCCUGCUGGCCUUGGCGUUCGGUGCGCGCACUUCGGCCGGUUUGAUGAGUCAGCCAUACAUUUUUCUUUCGGGCAAGGGCGAACCUCGGGUCAACGGUGUGCAAGGCGUAUUGGAGGCGUACGCGGAAAGCCUGGAACGCCUGUUCUCUUCGGAACCAUCGGAGCUUGGUCCGUCCCUGACGUACGUGGCCCAGCUGGCGCAACCGGCUCACUAUUACGUGGUACUGGUACUCACCGACGGCAGGCUCGACUACGGGCUCAGCACGCUGGACUGCUUGUCGAAGGCGUCCGCCUGCGCCGUGUCCGUCGUGCUUCUGGUCAUAGGCGAGGAAGGCUGCAGCCGCGCACUCCGCAGGGACCUGCUCUCACGCCGUCAGGCGGGUCUACGCGAGUGCGUGCACGUGGUUGAAGUCGCGCCGUACCGUGACCGUAUGCACCUGCUGCCGCGAGAGGCGCUCGUUGCCGUACCGGAGCAGGUGAUGCAGUUUCUGGCACUCCACGACGUCGAGCCCUCACUCGGUGUCCAGUGA